AUGCCUCUACGUUCGGGGCCACCGAAGAAACGCUGGUCAACGUUUGAUUUGCCCAUCCUCCCAUUCCUCGCGCCUCGAGUCUUCACGCCAUGGCCACCUAGGGGUCGCAAAGCCUAUUCUGGCUUACAGUUAGGCCAGGUACCCCGUGCAGAUGCGGAAGACCGUAAGAUUCCUCGGCCUAGUGGAGAAGGGCAUCAUUCUGAGGGCCUAUUUCCGCGCAGAUUAGGAGUGAAAAAGGAGCCCAGUGAACCCAAAUUUCGACUGAGCCACGCAAGCGCAACACCCCACGGCGCAGUCAUAUCUGAUGACCCUUCAGAACACAGCAAUGGACUUCCGGAUACCGGCAAGACAUAUGCUGCAAAUGGGGAGGUGAAAGAGGCAACACCCUCUCCAGCGGACGAAUUUCGCCGGAAGUAUGAGGAAAUUUGGGGUGGCCUCAAGAGCAAACCGCAUCAGCGGAAUGCGGCUCCGCUAUCAGUGACGCUGUUGAAAGAGGGAGCAUACAGUACUGGGAACGAGACAUCGAGGAGUAAAGAGCCCACACCGAAACCUCCCAACCGCACGGCGGGCAUCAAUGCCAAGACACACAAAAGGAUUAGGAAAGCGGGAAUUCCGCAGAGACUUCUCAAGAGACGUUCUCAUGUUCUACGCUACAAUCACCGUCAAAUGAGGAAGCUCAAGCUUCCAAGGAAACCUACCAAAUGGGUCAGUUGGACGCCUGGCAAAAGCUCAUACUUCUUGGAUUGGGAAAGACGCUUUGCAAUUCUCAAUGUGCGUCACCAAUACUACCGCAGGCGCCCGACAUUUAUCAGCACUGCGAAAAAUCAGUUUCCUGAAGAAUUCAAGAAAGCGUUGAUCGAGCACGAUUCUUCAGUCACACUUCGUGCUUCAUGGGAGAUGAUCCCCGAGGCCCAGCGAGAGAAGCUCUGGCCAGAGCUCAUUUGCACUGCUUUGGAUAAAUAUCCAAAUGCGUCCCUGAAGGUUCUAGCAGCUACCUACACAGAGCCCUAUCCCCCAGAUUAUGCUGCUUCUGAUUCCGUGGACUUUAUUGUCUCUCAUUAUCUUCGAAAUAAGCAAUCCCCCGAGCCCAGAGAUGUUCUGAAAGUUUAUGGAGUUAUCUGUUACCUGCUACGCAAUGGACCUCCUGGCCAUCUUCGUUUGGAUCAGAGUUCGAUAUACUUGCUGCUCACAAAUCUGGAUCAGGCCCAAGUCAAGCCUCUCUAUGAGAUUUUAGAAGACGUUGAGCAUCCCUUACAUCAUAACACCUUAAUUCAGUUCAGCUAUCGGCUAGCCAGUUCUGGAGAUACCGAUUCGGCUUUCAAAGUUUUGAAGAGGAUACGUGAUCAAGGCGGUGACUUCAAUUCUCCGAAGAUGCUGAGUCUGUGUGCACGUGUGCUUGAGAGGAAGGGCCGACAUUCCAGCACCGGUAUCUCUGAUUCCCAGAUAUUCGAAUUCAUGCUGGAAUGCGGGAUGAAACCGAAUAUUAUCAUCUACAACAUUUUAUUGCGGAACUCAUUUGAGGGCGGAGAUCACGAAACUGGAUGGCAAAUCUACGACAUGAUGAUAGAGAAUGGCAUCAAGGCGGACGAGCAUACAUACUCUAUAUUAUUGAAUGACAGCAAGCUGCGCAUGGAUCAGUCUGCUCUGAGACGUGUUAUUGGCAUGAUCAGGGAAAGUGGCAUUCAUAACGCGCAUAUUGGUACUGACAUCUUGCAUGCGAUCUUACUGCUCAACCACGGGGGAGCCCCUUCGCGUUCUUCGAGUCAACGUCGUAAAUCUCCAACGUCGUUUGAGAGAAUGCUGCCGGUCUAUUGCGAGUACUUUGACUCUAGACCGUUGGCUCAGAUCAUCCCUUAUUUCCUAACACGCUUUGGAGAUCUAAUACCGCACUCGAGCAAGUCGGAGUCUGUGAUGGAGCCUCCGGCCCCUACACUGAUUGUCAUGCUCACUGGACUUCUUAUGGAAAGCACACCGCAGAAUGCAAUAAACUACUAUAAUUGGUUCCAGCAUCUGGUAUCGACUGGAAACACGGUUGUCUCUGGGCUCCUGCAAUCAACCCAUGUCUAUAAUCUAUUCCUCAUGGCGUUUGGCCAGUCCAGUAAGACGCUUGACUGGUGUCCUCGUAUCAUUGGAGAUAUGCUUUCUACUUCUGCAAAUUCACUUUUGGCUAGGACGGAUACCGCAAAUCAAGCCACGUCGAAGAGCCAGGUAGCCCUUCCAGAGCCUCUUAGCCGCGGUGCAGGAAAUGAAACUAGCCUUUCGGACACAAGUUGUUCACCUCGUGCAGCAUUGAUAAAUGGCGGGACUCCGGAUGUCCAAGCAUCUUCAGAUUCUUGUCAGAGUCCGCCUCUUCCGGACGUAUACACUUGGUCCAUUCUCCUCGAUAUAUUUAUCUCCCAUCGGCAAGCUCGAGCUGCCGAGAAGGUCCUCACGAUGAUGGAAUCCAGAGGCGUGAUACCUAACCAAGUCACAUGGAACAGCUUAGCAGUCGGAUAUGCUCGAAUGCAGGACAUUGGCAUGACAGUGGACGUAAUUGACCGACUGGAGAAAGCCAACCUUCAAGCCGACGACAUCACAAUGAAGGGUAUAUCUAGGAUAAAGAAUCGUAGGGCUUUGAUUGAGGCUAUGAAGGCGAAGGAGGAUGCGAAUAGUAAGAUGACAUCGGAAAGUCGCAAUACACACAAAGCGCUGGAUCUUUUGGACAAGGCAUUGAAUGCUGAGGGGCAGCUGCAUGGAAUGCUGCAAGACGAGUACGUCCGCGAUGGGACGGGAAAGGUAGUGCCUGUUGUGAGAGAUAUCAUAAGUCGAGAUCUCGAGCCUUUGCAUUCUCCAGUUCGUAGGUUUUCAAAAUACCCUCGACUGAAGGGAGACAUCGGAGAAGACUCUGUUGUCCAUGAGAUGUAGAAUAUACAUGUACGAUAGACUUUAUUCUAAAAUAAUAUUUUUAUACCC